GUGAAACAUUUCCAGGCGCAAAUCUGCCACGCAUCCACAUCGAACUAAAGGAGGCCGCCCAAGCCCGGUUCCUGAAGUGCCGCAGCAUUCCGUUUGCCAUGAAGGAGGAAGUAGUUGCUGAGUUAAAUCGCUUGGAGGAACUGGGAAUUCUAAAACCCACCCAAUAUUCAGACUGGGCAACGCCAAUCGUCGUGGUGCGAAAGAAGGACGGCUCCCUACGAAUAUGCGGAGAUUAUAGGAGCACGGUGAACCAGUCCGUAAAAAGUAAUGUAUACCCGUUACCCACAAGCAAAGAACUGUUUGCCCGAUUAGGAAGGGGGCGUGUUGUUUCCAAACUCGACCUGACGCAGGCUUAUCAGCAACUAUUAGUGGAUGAAGAAACGGCGGAGUUGCUCACGAUAAAUACCGUGCAAGGGCUGUACAGGGUUUGUCGGCUGCCGUUCGGCGUGUCCGUUGCCCCUGGGGUGUUCCAAAGAACCAUGGACAUGGUGUUGGCCGGAAUGCCGCAAGUAGCGGUAUAUCUGGAUGAUAUCCUGAUUGCCAGCGAGUCUAUCGAGGAACAUGAACGGAUGCUUGCCGAGGUCCUCAGCCGAUUGUCCAAAACCGGGCUCCGAGUUCAAGCGGCGAAGUGCGAAUUUUUCAAGGAGAGCCUUGAGUUUCUGGGGCAUCGAAUUGACGCUAAGGGCAUCUACCCCUCGAAAGCAAAGGUUGAGGCCAUCCACCAGGCUCCUGCUCCGAAGAACAAAAAGGAACUGCAAGCCUUUUUGGGAAAACCCAGGACCAUGGAAACGCAGAUUGCCUGAGUAGGUUGCCGGCUCCCUUAACCCGACAGGAGACUGAAGUACCGGGUGACAUACUCCUACUGGAAGCUGUGGAGUACCCUCCAGUGAGCGCACGAGAAGUGGCAGCGUACACCAGCAGUGAU